CCCCAUAUCAUGACAUCCCCGUAUCACACUACUCCCCAUGUCACAAUAUCCCCAUGUCCAACUGUCUCCAUGUCGUGAUAUCCCCAUGUCACACCGUCCCCGGGUCCCACUGUCCCCAUGUCACGACAUCCCCAUGUCACCACAACCCCAUAUCAUGACAUCUUCAUGUCGUGACAUCCCCACGUCCCACUCUCCCCAUUUCCCACUGUCCCCAUAUCACGACAUCCCCAUGUCACACCGUCCCCAUGUCACGAUAUCCCCAUAUCAUGACAUCCCCAUGUCACGACAUCCCCAUAUCAUGACAUCCCCAUGUCAAGUCGUCCCCAUAUCACACUGUCCCCAUAUCACUACAUCCCCAUGUCAGUGUCCCCAUAUCACAAUAUCCCACAUCACGACAUCCCCAUUUCAGUAUCCCCAUGUCACGAUAUCCCCAUUUCUAUCUGUCCCCAUAUCACAACAUCCCCAUGUCAUGACAUCCCCUUAUCUCAACAUCCCCAUGUCAUGACAUAACCAUGUCACGAUAUACUCAUGUCACGAUAUUCCCAUUUCUAUCUGUCCCCAUAUCACGACAUCCCCAUGUCACGAUAUCCCCAUUUCUAACUGUCCCCUUAUCACGACAUCCCCAUGUCAUGACAUCCCCAUGUCACAGUCCAAUGUCAUGACAUCCCCGUGUCAAGCUGUCCCCAUAUCACCUUAUCCCCAUGUCUCAACAUCCCCAUGUCAUGAUAUAACCAUGUCACGACAUCCCUAUUUCUAACUGUCCCCAUAUGGUAACAUCCCCAUGUCACGAUAUCCCCGUUUCUAACGGUCCCCAUGUCACGACAUCCCCAUGUCCCACUGUCCCCAUGUCGUGACAUCCCCAUAUCAUGACAUCCCCGUAUCACACUACUCCCCAUGUCAAGAUCCCCAUGUCUUUGUCAUCCCCAUGUCACGACAUCCCCAUAUCGUGACAUCCACGUGUCACAACAGCUCAUUCCCAUGUCAAGAUCCCCAUAUCAUGACAUCCCCAUGUCACAUACACCCCAUGUCACAU